AUGCAGUUCAAAACCAGCCUGCUGGUUUUGCUUCUUUUUGGGGUGCUGGUCUUCACCACCCCAUCAUUUGCUGAUCACCAUAAGCCUCCCCACAAGCCUCCAGUGGAGGAGACUUCUGUUGAGCCAAACUCACAAACCCUGGAUGCUAACCUACAAACGCAUAAACCACCCGGAGGCAAGCCACCACAUAAACCACCAAGCUCACAAACCGUGGGUGCUAACCUACAAAAGCAUAAACCACCCGGAGGCAAGCCACCACAUAAACCACCAAACCUUCCCUAA